GUCACAAUGUCUUCCCCAUCUCUUACUCUCUAUACCCACGGCACCAUCAUCACCGUCAAUAAAGACCGCGAGAUCAUCCUUGACGGCUCAAUUCUCGUUGAUGGAUCUCGAAUUGCUGCAAUCGGAAAAUCAGGGACUCUAAAAUACAAAGGCGAAGCUCUUCCACCAAACAUCCCCACAGUUUCUCUCGAGAACAAAAUAGUGAUCCCAGGCUUAAUAAACACCCAUGCACAUCUCGCACAGUCCCUCCUCCGCGGCCUUGCCGAAGACCUCGAUCUCCACUCCUGGCUAUGCGACGCUAUAUGGCCACUGGAAGCAUGCUACGAGGGAGAGGAUGGCUAUAUCGCUGCUAAGCUUACUAUAGCAGAGAUGCUUAAAACAGGAACGACAUGUUUCCUAGAAGCGAUGUUGACGCAUAGAGCUGGCAUUGAGAACGUAGUUCGUGCGGUAGGGGAAAUGGGUGUGAGAGCGUGUUUGGCCAAACUCGUCAAACCAAUCGAAACCAACCUAUCCCUCAACCUCACUGACGCCCGCGACAAAGACGCCUCCGCCAUGUCCGUCCCCUCCGCCCUCGCCGCCCACCGCACCCACCACCGCACCCACAACCCCCUCCUCAGCAUCUGGCUCAGCGCCUCCACCCCGCGCGGCUCCCCCCUCGCCACGCACGCCGCCAUCGGCGCUGCCCACACGACCCACACCAUCGGCGUGACCAUGCACUGCGCCGAAGCCCCCGCCGACCUCGCCAUCUACCGCUCCCAGUACUCCAUGUCCCCGCUCGAAUUCUGCGCCCGCACCGGCAUCACCGGGCCCCAAACUGUCCUCGCACACCUCGUGCACCCCGAUCUCGCCGUCGACCUAGAAAUCCUGUCCCGCACCGGCACGAGCGUCAGCCACAAUCCGACGAGCAACGCCAAACUCGGCAACGGCAUCGCGCCCGUCCCCGCGCUGCGGGCCGGCGGCGCGAAUGUGUGUCUCGGGACGGAUGGCGCGCCGUGCAAUAACGGAUAUGACAUGUUCCAGGAGAUGCAUCUUGCGGGGAUCAUUCAUAGCGCGGCGGGGCAGAAGGCUGGGGCGGUGAGCGCGUAUGAGGUGCUGGAGAUGGCGACGGUGAAUGGGGCGCGGGCGCUGGGGAUGGAGGGAGAGGUGGGGACGCUGGAGGUGGGGAAGCAGGCGGAUUUUGUGGUGGUGAGGCCUGGGAUUGGGGCGAGUCCGUGGGGGUGGGGAGAGGUGGGAGCGGGAGCGGGAGGGGUAGAUCCGGUGACGACGGUGGUGCAUGGGUGUACGGGGAGGGAUGUGGAGGUGGUGGUUGUGGGGGGCGUGGUGAGGGUUGAGGGGGGAGAGUUGGUGGGUGUGGAUGAGGAGAGGUUGAUGGAAGAGGCGAGGGGUUGUGUGAGUGGGAUUAGGGAGAGGAGUGGGGUUGGGAGUCGGAUGGGGGAGAGAUGGGGUGUGAAGUACGUUUGA